CUUUCAGAGAGGAAUCAAAGUCUGAUCUGAUAAGCUCUUUAUCUUAUGCCCUUAAUGGCACUGAAUACCUUUCAGUUCAUAUAUUUCAUUCCAGACGUUAAGUGUCUCUACGUGGUGAAAUGGCGCAGCGAGGAAUUCAGAUGGAUCAGGAAAAAUUCUUCUGUUCGAUCUGUCUGGAUCUACUGAAGGAUCCAGUGACUAUUCCCUGUGGACACAGCUUCUGUAUGAACUGUAUUAGAAGCUACUGGGAAGAACAGGAUCAGAAGAAAAUCUGCAGCUGUCCUCAGUGCAGACAGACGUUCCAACCGAGGCCUGCCCUGAUGAAAAACACCAUGUUAGCAGAUUUAGUGGAGGAGCUGAAGAAGACUGGACUCCAAGCUGCUCCAGCUGAUCACUGCUACGCCGGACCUGAAGAUGUGGCCUGUGAUUUCUGCACUGGGAGGAAGCUUAAAGCUGUCAAGUCGUGUCUGCAGUGUCUGGUCUCUUACUGUGAGCAGCACCUCCGGCCUCACUAUGACUCUCCUGCCUUUGAGAAACACAAGCUGGUCGACCCCUCCAAGAAGCUUCAGCACAACAUCUGCUCUGCUCACGACGAGGUGAUGAAGAUUUUCUGCCGCACUGAUCAGCAGUGUAUCUGUUAUCUCUGCUCCAUGGAUGAACAUAAAGGCCAUGACACAGUCUCAGCUUCAGCAGAACGUACUAAGAAGCAGGGAGAGCUCGGAGCGAGUCGACAGCAGAUCCAGCAGAGAAUCCAGGACAGAGAGAAAGAGGUGAAGCUGCUCCAGCAGGGGGUGGAGGCCGUCAAUCACUCUGCUGAUGAAGCAGUGAAGAAGAGCGAGAAGAUCUUCACUGAGCUGGUCCAUCUCAUUGAGAAAAGAAGCUCUGAUGUGAAGCAGCAGAUCAGAUCCAAGCAGCAAAGUGAAGUGAGUCGAGUGAAAGAGCUUCAGGAGAAGCUGAAGCAGGAGAUCACUGAGCUGAGGAGGAAAGACGCUGAGUUGGAGCAUCUCUCACACACAAAUGAUCACAUCCAGUUCCUAAACAACUACCCCUCACUGUCUCAAAUCAGUGAACCUACAGACUCACCCAGCAUCAACAUCCACCCUCUGCAGUACUUUGAGGAUGCGACAGCAGCUGUGUCAGAGGUCAGAGAUAAACUACAGGACAUUCUGAGUGACGUAUGGACCAAGAUCUCACUGGCAGUGACAUCAGUGGAUGUUUUCCUGCCACAAGCAGAGCCAAAGAGCAGAGAGGAGUUCUUACAGUAUUCAUGUCAAAUCACACUGGAUCCAAACACAGCACACACACGGCUGUUAUUAUCUGAUGGGAACAGAAAAGCAACAGUGAUGACAAAAAUGCAGUUAUAUCCUCAACACCCAGACAGAUUCACUGUAACCCAGCAGGUGAUGAGUAGAGAGAGUCUGACUGGACGUUGCUACUGGGAGGUGAAGCAUAAUAUGUUUAAGGGUUCUGUUGCAGUCACAUACAAGGAUAUCAGCAGAACAGGAUAUGAAAGUCAAUUUGGAAAUAACAACAGGUCCUGGGUGUUAGAGUGUCCCAGCAACAGUUAUACAUUCAGCCAUAACAACAUCAGCACCUCCAUCCCAAGUCCUCAGUCCUCCAAGAUAGGAGUGUACCUGGAUCAUCAUGCAGGUAUUCUGUCCUUCUACAGCGUCUCUGACACCAUGACUCUCCUCCACAGAGUCCAGACCACCUUCACCCAGCCGCUCUAUGCUGGACUCACUGUUUAUGGUUAUGAGAAGUCUGUUGAAUUGUGUGAGCUCAAGUAGGCAGGUUGAAAUGCUGUGGCUAUGUACAUACAUUCAGUGUGGGUUAAAUAUUAAAUGAAAAAUAUGUAUAUAUGUUUUUCUCUUUUAAUCUUUGAAUGACUAUUACACUUUAAGUAACUCAAACAAUUUUUGAUCCCAUGUUAGUAUAGUAAAAAAAACUGAUCAUUCCAGAGGAGUAAAGAAAUAGGAUUUGAUUGAUUGGAAAUAAAAAUGUGUUAUAAGUUUGCAGCUGUAUUCUUUAUAAUGAAAAUAUAAGGAUAUAGACUGAAACUAUGAAUAUGGUGAGCUGCUGUAGGAAAAUGAUUUUAUUAUAAUGGAUUUCUGGAUUUUACAAAUUUCAGUGUGUUUGAAGGGAAAUAACCUGAACAUUUUACUAGUGAUAAAUGAAUAUAUACUCAUAUAAUCACGUUUUUGUUUCAUAUAUAUGGUGUUACUAUAAUACUUCAUGUUCCCUCUGUUCCGCUGCAUGGCCCUUAAUGGAGCAGCAAUAGUAUUUCUAAGUAGUUGAUCUCAGCUGAUGUUUAUUUUGUUCCUGUCACUCUGAAUGUUUUCAGGAGAAGCUGUGCAGAUGUAUGAUUAUUGUGACUACAGUGAUAAUCACCUGGGCACCGUUUCAUUUCCUCCACAGUGCUGACACACUGCUUUAACAGACUGACUGUGGAUGAAAUGAAUGGACACACUGAGGCAGCAUUUACUGAUUGGAUCGAUCAAUAAAGUGGA